AUGGUGAACUUUAUACCGGUACCUCAGUCGACUUCAUGGGAGCAGACUCUGUGAUCCUUCGUACGUCCGUCCAGGGCAGAAGUCAACUCCACCUCCGGACUGAGGCCUUCAAUCUAAACUGGCUCCAUGAGCCGGAGUUCGUGGGCUCCUUCUCCAUCCCCGACACUCAUAGUCCUGACGACGACAAGGUCUACUUCUUCUUCAGGGAGACGGCGGUGGAGGCGGGUCAGUGGGACAAGAGGGUGUACAGCCGCGUGGCUCGAGUCUGCAAGAACGACGUAGGAGGUAAAAGGAGUCUGAUCAACCGCUGGACCACCUUCCUCAAAGCGAGACUGGUCUGUUCUGUGUCCGGCCCAUCAGGAGUCGAUACCCAGUUUGAUGAGCUGGAGGACAUCUUCGUUCUGGAGACCAAGGAUCCACAGAAUCCCACCAUCUACGGGGUCUUCAGUACGUCCAGCUCCAUAUUCCGUGGUUCGGCGGUGUGUGUAUACUCCAUGGCGUCUAUAAGAGCGGCGUUCAACGGGCCGUUUGCUCAUAAAGAAGGUCCAGACUAUCGCUGGGUGGAGUACAAGGGCCGCAUCCCCUAUCCCAGACCUGGAACUUGUCCCAGUGAGACCUACGACGCCCUUCACAAGUCUACGAAGGACUUCCCCGACGAGGUGGUGAGCUUCAUGAGGCAGCACCAGCUGAUGUUUGAGCCCGUCAUACCUCUGAGCGGCAGACCCAUCCUGACCCACGUCAACUCGACCUACAUGCUGAAGAAGGUCGUAGUGGACCGAGUGGACGCCGAGGACGGACCAUAUGACGUCCUACACCUGGGCACAGAUGAUGGGAAGGUGGUGAAGGCCGUGUCGGUCGUCAAAGACAACGGGGAAAACGAGGAGGUCAUUCUGGAGGAGCUGACGGUCUUCCAGAGUCCUACUCCAAUCCUGAGCAUGGAGCUGUCAACCAAACGACAACAGCUGUAUGUGUCCAGUGAGCUCGGUGUGGCCCAGCUGGGUCUGCAGAGGUGUGAGUUAUACGGGACCGACUGCGCCGAGUGCUGCCUGGCCAGAGACCCCUACUGCUCCUGGGACGGACAGACCUGCUCCAGAUACUUCCCCACCAGCAAGAGGAGGGCGCGGAGACAGGAUGUAAAGUACGGAGACCCCUGGAGUCAGUGUCCAAUCACAGAGGACGAUUUAGACUCUGUGGAGGUGAAGUCGGUAUACGGCGUGGAGGGGAAUUCUACCUUCCUGGAGUGUCUUCCUCGGUCGCCGCAGGCCGAGGUCAGGUGGACGGUGCAGCACGCGGAGAGCCAGCAGCAGACUCUCAGCCGCACACAAGAAACCAAAGAGCUCAGCGAUGACCACCGCUCCAUCCACAUGAAGCGCGGGCUGCUGGUUCAGCACCUGGAGCUCUCUGACUCGGGCCUCUACACCUGCUUCAGCCGCGAACACUCCUACAGCCAGGUCCUGGCCCGAUACCGCGUUCACAUCAUCUCCAACGACAGCCUCAACCCAACCCGCUUCCAGCAGAACCACAACCCAAACCAGCACGUGGCCCUCGCACACAUCGGAACAGCUGGAGUAGGGGCUGCUGGGUUUCUGGGCCGGGCGGGUUCUUCUCAUCCAUCCCCUGCUCUACUGCCAGGACACAGGAACUCGUGGCUGCCCCAGCAUCCUCAGCAGCUUCCUCUGAGGAGCUACAAAGACCUGCAAAUGGUGGGGACCAACAGUCUGAGCGUGGACGAGUACUGUGAGCAGCUGUGGUACCGAGAGAAGCGGCGGCAGCAGAAACUGCGCACUCUGAAGCUGAAGCAGGAGAGCAGGAAAGCCCGGGUGAGGAGGAACAACCCUCCUGAGGUUCCUCUUUAGUCUCCUGGGGGAAUAAAAAAAAGACUGACAGGUCCUGUACACGCAGAGGACAAUGAAAGAUUUCAGACUGUUUGCUUUUUCAGCAAAUGACGCCGCCUUGUAAAGUGACACCCCCCAUAUUAACCCUUUAAAGACUGACAGAGAAUCACAGAGACAUUAGUUUAUCUCUGUGCUCAAUAUUUUCACAAUACGACAAAGCAGAACUCAAGAAAUGUAGAUAGAGCAAAUUUUCUCUGAAUUUAUUUUAAUACCAAUAAUCGUUAUUGUUUAGGACGUGGUUUAGAUUAGAUUAGAAUUAAAGAAUGUUUUCUGUAACUUUAAGAUUCAGACGAGCAUGUUCGCAUCAAACGGUUUGAUGUGGAUAGGAACGAUCUGGAGCUGGUGAUCUACCGAGGAUCUUGUAAUCCAGCUCAUUUAUUGACCCUGAUCCAGAUGCAGAGUCGAGAGGAUUACUAAAUCCAGAUUAUCACACUACAUGCUUUGUCCACAGGGAGUGCCAACAUUCACACAACCUGAAAGAGCCUCACAGUAACUUUGAAUUAGAUAUUUAUCUUUUAAUAUUGAUGUUAAAGAGACAGAAUCCUUCAGCCUUGAUGUCUACCUAAUCUUCUCUGUCAUUGUCGUGUAAAAUAGAUUAUAAAAAUGUCUUGAAAACCUUGAAAA